AUGGCGAGGUCCAAUAAUUGCUUCUUCAGCCUCACGGCCUGGAGAAGCCGGUGGCUGAGAUCCGCCUUCCGCAGGUGGGGCCUCCGCCCCUCCUCCACCGACCUCGGCGACGGCACCGUCAUGCACUGCUGGGUCCCCAAUGCCCGUGACCCGGCCCGGCCCGACUUGCUCCUGCUUCACGGCUUCGGGGCCAACGCCCUCUGGCAGUUCUGCGACGCCGCCCCCGCCCUCGCCCCCCACUUCAACGUCUACGUGCCGGACCUCCUCUUCUUCGGGGACUCCCGCACGGCCCGGCCCGAUCGGAGCGAGGGCUUUCAGGCCCGGUGCGUUCGGCGGGCCCUGGAGGCCCACGGCGUGCCCGCGGUGGCGGCCGCGGUGGGGCUGAGCUACGGCGGGUUCGUGGCCUACAGCCUGGCGGCGCAGGGGUGGGUGGGGCGACUGGUGCUGUGCUGCGCGGGGGUGUCCCUCGAGGAAACGGAUCUGAAGGGGGGGCUGUUCCCGGUGGCUGACGUGGAGGAGGCGGCCGCCGUGCUGGUGCCGCGGACGGCGGAGAGGCUGAGGGAACUCAUGGGCUACACCUUCGUCAAGCCGCCCAGGGGACUGCCCUCUUGUCUGCUCCACGAUUUCAUUCAUGAAAUGUGCGAGCAAUAUGUUGAGGAGAAGGACCGAAAGCUUUCUGACCUUCCCAAAAUCUCUCAGCCAACCUUACUUGUCUGGGGAGAUAAAGACCGCAUAUUUCCCAUUGAACUUGCUCAUAGAUUGAAAAGGCACUUAGGAGAGAAUGCUGAACUAGUUGUGAUUAAGAACACGGGCCACGGUUUCGUUCACGAGAAACCUAAGGAGUUUAACAUGCACUUGAGGAACUUCCUCUUGAAAAAUCUCAUAUUGUCUCCUAAUAAUAACUCUAACGACUUACACAUUACUACUGAUCAUCAAGAAAAUGGGAGUUGA